UAUUCCUUCUCAGUACAAGCAGUGACGAGUGAGUCAUACACUGGAAAUCUCGGAGAAUUCUCUUCCAAAGUCCGGAAGUAUCAAAUCGAGGAUAAAACUCAACACUUUUUUCUUAUAACGGUUCCACUUAAAUCGUCAAAAUUGCAAAAAUACUUUUUAAAACGAUGUAUAGUCGGGAGAACAGCGACUAUAGCGACGAGUCGAAGUACGUGGCGAACAUUCUCUCCUCCAUGGCCAGUGCCAGCGCCGCCUCCACCACGUACUCGAUCCCGGCGUCCUAUGUCAGCGGCAUUACCUCCCAGUCUAACGGCCUCACCCCCACGACCCUGGCCAACCUUGAACAGACCUUCAUCGAGCUCCAGUCGGUGCCCACAAAUCUCUCCUCCGGCCAGGACCCCCUUACCCAGAGCGGAUUCGUCCCCCCGAUCGUCGACCCCGCGGGGAGCGAUCGGUCAUCGGACAGAUAUGAUUAUUCCGACAUGAGCGACGCAGACUGGCCCCCCACCAAACGAGGGAGGGGCGGGGACGGUCAGGACCUGACCGGUUAUGACAUGACAACAAGCGUGGGAGGUGGAAGGAAGAGAAAGCGUGAUGAAAAGAUAAGUCCCGAGGAGGAAGAGAGGCGUCGAGUCCGAAGGGAGAGAAACAAAUUAGCAGCAGCAAAAUGUCGGCAGCGGAGAGUUGAUCACACAAACCGCCUUAUUAUUGAAACUGAAAAGCUCGAGAAAGAGAGAGAGUCCAUUGAAGCUGAUAUUCAGACUUUGCAGCAACAGAAAGAUCAGCUUGAGUUUGUCCUGCAGGCUCAUCAGCCAUUGUGUAAAGUAGACUCGUCCCAGCCAUCAGUAAAAGUGAAAUCCGAAAACUCGCACAACCCGUGUGGCGGCCCAAAACUUCCAGUGUCGUCUGCUGGUUCCAGCGUGCGCCCCAGCACCCUUCCUCUCAUUAAGAGAGAGAAGAAGGACGGAGACGUUUCCGUAAGUUCCGCUACUGGAAUUCCAAUCACGACCCCCUCUAGCGGAUUCUUGUUUACCCUGGACAAUAUGGUGGACCACACUGGUCUCACCCCCAUCACUAACGGACCCUCCUCUUGCAGCAGUGAAGUGAAUAGGACUUCCAGUGAAAGCAAUUCCGAAAGCGCUAGUUCACCGACCUUGAUUUCUCUGUGAAUUUCCAUAUAAAAAGCAUCACCAAUCGAAUAUUAAAAAUGUCAACGAUUGCUUCGUUUUUAUUUCAUUUAGCUACGGGACACAUUUUUACUUUCUUCAGUUGAAGCUUGCCACCUGUUUAAAAAAAAUUUCCUUUGUUUCGGAUGCCAGUUCAGUUGAUUGUAUGUAAAUGUUAUAUAUUUAGGUGUAAAUGAUAUUUAUUUUUCAUGAGUGUACAAUGAACUGUUGUAACAUUUGAUAUCUGACUAUUUUGUUUUUUCUGCCAUUGUGUUCGUGGGUCUGUUGGGUAUACGUGCUGAGCACGUUUGGUGCUUCCCUUUUUCUAUUUUGUACAUAGAUACCCUGGAACGUUUUGUUCCAUACUAUUUAUACUUUUUUGUACAUUUGAAUAAAGAUAAGUGAAAAAUAAAUAA